AAAAAUAAGACUGGAAGAAUUCAGUUUCCAAUUUUGAGCGAUUUAUAUGUAAUAGCAUAUUUAAAGAGAGGUCACACCGACAGUGCAGCCAACAUUAUGAUAGACUCGACUGCUAAAUCUAUCAUAAAGCAGUAUGAGUCCUCACUGAGGCAAUGGUGGUGGUUUACAAGGAGAAGAACUUAUGAUGUGCAUAUCACAGAUAGACAUAAACCAAUAGAAUUUCUCACUGAAAGAUAUCUCAACGGAGCAAAAUAUGGAACGCUGAAUUCAGAUAGAUCUUUUAUAGCACUCAUCACGAAAUUCGAAAAGGAGGAAUGCAUAAGUUGGUUUAUGGUCAAUAUCCACAGAGCGUGCUGUGCAAGUGUACAGUGCGGCGCGACGUUCUUCGAACCGGAUUUUUCAACCAGAGCUGUAAAUUAAGUUUACAGCACAUACUAAAAACGUGUAAAAGCCGGAGACUUCUAGGGGCCCCAGUGAAAUUUUAUCGAAACUCGGGAGAUCGAGAACCAAAAGUACGAGUCAAACCACCUGCUAUUCACUUUCAGAUAGGUUUUUAAGUCUUGAAAGAUCAACUUUAUGGCCUUUGCGUCGUUCCUCAAAAAAUUCGCAGCCAACGAAUGUUUUUCCAAACGCCGCAUGCGAAGUUUCUGUCGGGGAUUCUUUCAAUUUGCAAAUAACAAGUAUAGUAAUAUA